AUGUCUUCCUGGGUCAAAGACUGUGUUCAAUAUCAUCCGCAAUGCGCGAGGGGCUCAGCGGAAUCUCUCCCGCCCACACGUCUUCUUGAUUUGGAAGCUUUCGAGCAAUCUAAUGAUCUUCAGUUGGUAACAUUUGAUACGAAGAACGUCACUGCGAAGUAUGUCGCUCUGAGCCAUUGCUGGGGGCAAGCUUCCCAGCGCCCUCUAACGACUACGACUGGAAACAUCGCCCAACACUUGCAGCGCAUACACUUCUUCGACCUGCCGCUGACUUUCAAAGAUGCCGUCGAGGUGACCCGCCGGUUGGGUCUGAGGUAUCUAUGGAUCGAUUCACUCUGCAUCGUCCAAGGUGAUGCCAAAGAAUGGGCCUUGGAAGUAAGUAAAAUGGCGUCUGUCUACGGGAAUGCACUAGUCACGCUCUGCGCUUUGAGCUCUGUCGACAGCAAAUCUGGCUGCCGCGUCUCCAACCGACAGGCCACAACGCAGGAUCAUCGUUUCUUUGAUUUUGAUGCAGGCCCUUACCGCAUCCGAAUUUUCGAGCAAGGGAUCAGGAAAUGGUACGAAGAGUAUGGAGAUAACCCAUACCGACAUCGUGAAUAUGGAAACAAUCCCCUGCGGACACGAGCCUGGACGUUACAAGAACGGGAACUAUCUACAAGGAACAUCCACUUCUCUGAAAACCUUGUGCUCUGGGAGUGCAAAACUCUGAAAGCCUCCAGCGAGAUGCCCUGGGACAAUCUGAAGCCUAUGGAUGACAUCCAACCAUGGCCCGUCAAGAUCUCCAUCGAUGAGAGUGUGUCGUGUGAUGGGCCACUGUGGGUCAGAGACCGGUGGUAUGAGCUUAUGGAGGACUAUAUGUCGCGAAACCUUACCAAUGAGCACGACAAGUUACCGGCACUGUCGGGACUUGCUCAAGACUUCCAGCGCAAGAUACCCUCAAAUCGAUAUCUUGCAGGACUUUGGUUCGAUCACCUACCGCGCGCCUUACUCUGGAGGACGGGUCCCAAUGCGCACAGACCGACAUCAUGGCGCGCACCAAGCUGGUCCUUCCUGUCAGUGGAUGGAAACAUGAGUUAUGAAAGCCAAAGGGUCGCAAAUUGUGGUGGAUCAGGGCCGGAGCAAGUUCUCGAUGACUAUCGCCCGACGGGUCUACGUGUCCUUGACUGCGAUACCCACUUCACCAGUACAGAUAUCUACGGCGCAAUGAGUGGAGCAGAGCUGUUGCUACGCGGAAGGAUCAUGCAACUCGAGGUCAAGCAUCAAUGCACGAAAGAUUGCGAGGAUCAUCGUACCUCCGCAGACCCAUGGCACGAGCUAGAGACGACGUCUGGCUCCAUAGCAGGGGUCAUCCACUUUGACGUCAGCGACGAAUCUGCUGGUUGUCACCAGAUAUGGUGCCUUCCAGUGUGCUGUGAUCCGGCUUAUUCUGUGGUCAUCAACCCACUUGAGAAACGUUCGACCGGAGACAUAGGCCAAGGCGGUGCAACAGUCAUGGGUCUUGCUUUGCAGAAAAUUGGUGAGAUGAGCAAUGUCUUCCAGCGAGUGGGAAUAUUUCGAUGGACGGAGGAAUCGUUGUUUGAUGGCAUCACUGUGUCUGAUCUUAGAUUGAUUUGA